GCCGCUGCCGCCGGUGCUGCCCCUGCCGGUACUGCCCCUGCCGCCGGUGCUGCCCCUGCCGCCGCCGCCGCCUCUAUGUCCUUCAAGCGGGAGGGAGACGACCCCGGGCAGCUGGGAGUGCUGCAGAGGAGACGCAUCGCAGACCUGCUGGCCAACUACAUCCCCGAGGAGGAGGCUCUGCUGCUGAGGAGUGGCAAGUAUGCCUGCACGGUCUGUGCCCACCGCCCUGUCUUCGACACCCUGGAGGUGCUGACAGUGCACAGGGCUGGCAGGAGGCACAGGAGCAGCCUGCAGCACUUCUACGGCAGGAAAGGCUCCCCCCAGGCCGUGGCCCAGCAGCAGGGGCAGGGGCAGGAGGUGCAGGCAGAGGAGGAGGGCUCCCCAGCCCCUCUGUUGGCAAGGACCAGGAGGAUCACUCACAGUGCCCUGCUGAAAGCUGCUCCCUACAGCAGCUGCUGCAGGAGGGCAGGGGCGCUCGGAAGCAGCUCCCGAGUUGGUGCGGCCCAGGCAGGACCCAACUCUGCCCUGCCCCUGCCGGGGGCACCGCAGGGGCACGGAGGAGCCGCAGCUGCCACCCCUGCGGCAGCGCUGCCAGGGCACCGCGGCGGGCACGGAGGAACCGCAGCUGCCACCCCUGCGGCAGUGCUGCCAGGGCACCGCGGCGGGCACGGAGCAGCCGCAGCUGCCACCCCUGCGGCACUGCUGCCAGGGCACCGCGGCGGGCACGGAGCAGCCGCAGCUGCCACCCCUGCGGCAGUGCUGCCAGGGCACCGCGGCGGGCACGGAGCAGCCGCAGCUGCCACCCCUGCGGCAGUGCUGCCAGGGCACCGCGGCGGGCGGGCAGGCACCCCGAGGGCAGCUGCAGCCCGGAGGCAGCCAGGAGGCAGCGGCGGAGCCUCGGCAGCAGCUCCCAGCCCCGCCCGGCGCCAGGCGCUGGAGCGCUACCUGCAGCUGCGCAGCGCUGGCUGGCUCCAGGACCCCUCUGGCAAGUGGGUGAAGGACCAGAACGUGGAGUUCGACUCGGACGAGGAGGAGCCUCCAGCGCUGCUGCCGCCAGCCUGAGCCCCUCUGCCCCCGACCGGUGCCCACGGGCACAGUCCCCGCGGGGCUGUCGCCAAGCCCCCACCCCUGAAGGGAAUAAACUGGAGAGGGUGGAGGUG